AUGGCGAGCCCUGCCUGCCUGGCCUGGGAUACGUGGCGGAGGUCACCCACCUGUCCUGGGACCUGUAGCGGACCAAUCCCGCCCAUCCCAGGAUAUAUGGGGGCCAUCGACACAUGUCCCGGGAUCCGUGGCGGGCCCGGCCCGCCCAUCCCGGGACACGAGGCGGACAUUCCCCGCCCAUCCUGGGACCCGCCUGUCCCUGGAUCAGUGGCAAGCCUGGCCCACCUGUCCCAGGACCCGUGGCGGACAUUGCCUGCCCGUACCAUGACCCAUGGCACACCCAGCCCGCCCGUCCUGGGACCCGUUGGCGGACAUAACCCACCUGUCCCUGGACCCGUGGCGAGCCCGGCCCACCCAUCCUGGGACCCGUGGUGGACAUCGCCCUCCCGUCCCGUGACCCGUUGCAUGCCCGACCCACCCGUGCCAGGACUGGUAGCAGACAUCACCCGCCCGUCCCAGGACCCGUGGCGGGCCAGGCCCAUCCGUCCCGGGACAUGUGGCGGACAUCGGCACGUGUCUUGGGACCCGUGGCGGACAUCGCCACGUGUCCCGCCCAUCCCGGGAUAUAUGGCAGACAUCGCCACAUGUCCCGGGACCCAUGGCGGACAUCGCCUGCCCGUUCCUGGACCUGUGGCGAGCACAACCCAUCUGUCCGAGGACCCGUGGCGGACAUUGCCCGCCAAUCACGUGACCCGUGGCAGGCCCGGCCCACCAGUCCCGGGACCUGUGCCGGACAUCGCCCAUCUGUCUCGGGACCUGUAG